UGUGAGCUUGUACUUGUGCCUCUGUGUGCUGGGCACGACCGUGCGCGCCGAUGCUCACCUGUCUUUGCACGGGCACAUGCACACACUGCCUUGUGAAAGCGCUUCGGCGUUAGGGAUCCCUGUGCUUCUAUGUACCUGGGUUUCUUUGCAUGGGGGGACACAUCCCCUAGGCAGCAUCAUGGGCAUGUGAGUGACAGACGCAUAUCUAAGUUAGCAUGCAAGAUUAGAAGCAGAAGGGCGUCCUGGAGGAGUCUGAAGUGCGCUUCUAACUGGAUUCACAUGUUUUUCCACGCGCCGCUGAACAGAAUGUACCUUUGUGUCAGCAUGAGCUGAAAAGGGAAACGCAGCCUCUGGAGCUGGAGUGGGACUGUGUGGAAUUCUGGAACAUUUCUCACUGCUCAACCACAGCCUGUUGAAGCUGGGAAGCGCUUUGGAUAUUUUUCAGUCCAGCCCUUUGUCUAACAAAUAAGGAAACUGAGGCCCCCAGAAAAGAGGCUGGCUAAGCUUGCUAUCCCAAGUGCUCUCUACUUUCUCUACUUAAUCCUCUCAAUCGUUUGAGGCAGGUGAUAGUAAUUCCCUUUUACAGACAAGAAAAGUGAGGCCUGUCACACCAGAAGAAAAAGGUAUCAGCAGGGAUUUCCGCCCACUCUGCCCAACUUCAAUGUUCACGGUCGUCCUUCCACGCAGGGCUCUUCCAAGUGUAGCCCUGGGAGCCCAGGGGUCCUUGAGAACCUUUCAGGGAGUCUCUGAGGAACCCAAGACCUUCACCUGAUUGGUGUGAGCACUCCAGGAAGUGGGCACCCUCCCUCAGCCCUCAAGCAAGCAAAAAUGAGUUUAAAAAAGAAGGAGAAGAAGCAGCAGAAGCAGCAGCCACAGAGCUUGUGACAGCUACAGCCUAAGAGCAACAGGCAGGGGAGACCAAGGACCAGAAAGAGCAGAGGCUUUUUUAAAGAAAGAGACCCCUCUCCCGGCACCCAGCGAUGGCAGCAAGCCCCACCCACAGUGCCUGCUAAGAACAAGUCCCACGUGAGGACAACACGGCCCCCCGAGAUGCCCACAGGGACCCCGAGAUGCCUGCAGUGCUUGGCUCUCCCGCUGGCCGGCUGCCCACCUGGCUCAGGCCCAGUACUCACCCUGGUCACACCUGGGAGAGGAGGAGACAAGAGCAUAGCACCUGCAGCAAGAUGGAUGUGGGCAGCAAAGAGGUCCUGAUGGAGAGCCCGCCGGUUCUGGAGAUGAGCAUUGGGGCACCAGAAGCCCAGCAACGCCUGGCCCUGAGUGAGCACCUGGGUGCCACGGCCACCUUCUCCAUUGGCUCUACUGGCCUCGUGGUGUAUGACUACCAGCGGCUCCUGAUCACCUACAAGCCAGCCCCUGGCACCUGCUGCUACAUCAUGAAGAUUGCUCCAGAGAGCAUCCCCAGUCUUGAGGCUCUCACUAGAAAAGUCCAGAACUUCCAGAUGGAAUGCUCUCUGCAGGCCAAGCCCGCAGUGCCUACUUCUAAGCUGGGCCAGGCAGAGGGGCGAGAUGCAGGCUCAGCACCCUCCGGAGGGGACCCGGCCUUCCUGGGCAUGGCCGUGAGCACCCUGUGUGGCGAGGUGCCGCUCUACUACAUCUAGGACGCCUCAGGUGAGCAGGUGUGAUCCCAGGGCCCCUGAUCAGCAGCGGAGGAGCGCUCUGGCCAUCUGCCCGGGCUGUGGAGGAGCGCUUGCGCUGACCAGGUGCUGGGGCGUCCACUGAAACGGGGUUAUCCAGGGAGCUCAGGGGAGGGGAAGCUCACAGGCCGGUACUUCCCACUCCCC